AGAUGUUCGACUGAACGCUAACUCUUCAGCUUGUCCAUGUAACAUCACAAGUACGCUGGUCGAAGAUUUCAGUUUUGAAAUUGAAGCAAUGUUUACAGUUUUUAGAUCCUGUUUGCAGAUAAAGGCUUUAUCAAAGUUAAACUAACUACUCAUUUGUUGUCCGGCCUCAAAGUUGCCAUAAAAUCAUCGACAAGAAGGCUAUGGGGGAUGAUCUUCCACGAGUUGCGACAGAGCUUGACGCACUUAGGACUUUGUCGCAUCAGAAUAUUUGUCGGCUAUAUCAGUUUAUUGAGACGGAAGAUAAAUAUCAUAUCAUAAUGGAGAAGCUCGUCACUUUUUCCGUCAACUGGUUCAAGCUAUGGCUUAUGUCCACUCCAUGGGUUAUGCACAUAGGGAUCUGAAGCCUGCUGAACUUACUUUUGAUGGAGGACCUCCACCUAAAGGUCAUAGACUUUGGGUUAUGUGCUAUGGCAUCUUCGCUUUGUCGACCUCUGGAUACACGUUGUGGCUCGCAUCCCUAUGCCGCUCCCAAGGGAAAGGAGUAUCUCGGCAAUGAAGCUGGUAAUUGGUCUAUGGGCGUCCUACUUUAUGCUCUUCUAUGUGGAACUCUACCUUUCGAAGACGAGUCAAUGCAAGUUCUACACCGGAAGAUUUCCGUAACCAAAACUCUCUAUUGACUUCCUGCGGCGGUAUUCAUCAACGAACCACUGGGUUCCGCUACUCAGUAAGCGGAAACAGUGCCACUGGGUUGGACGAUAUUCACAAAGAGCACUGCUGAUUUCGCGAACCCACUACAUGAAUACCGAUGUCGUGGGUUAACCCAACCCACUGGGUUCUUUGGUGAAUAUGGCCACUACUGUGCUUCUAUGGCUUUAGAGGAACCUAGUUGACGAAGAAGUUGCCACUGAAUUAGCCUUUCAUCACAGAAAAUCUCUCGCAGAGAUGACCGAUCUGAUCAAGGAAUGGAAGUUUGACUACCUCACCGCGACUUACUAUCUGCUACUACAGCAGAAGGGACGUAAGAAGAAAAUAGCACUGCCCCCUCUCAGACCGAAAACAGGUGAAUCACGUGUAACUGCAUCUCCAACAAUCCACGCUUCUCUUGAACAUAAUCUUGAUCUCUCGGAUCUUGACGAUAGUCCUGAUGUCUAUCUAUCCCCGCAAAGUUUCCGAUCUGGAAGCAUCAUCAGUGAGCGUUUUGAUGCGAUGUGGCGACAUAAUGAGCGAGAACGUGGUGGUGGGAGAGGUCAACAAAGAACAACCAACAGAGCAGCUGAAAAAACCUCAUAUAUGAAUGUAAUAUUCAACACUCCAUCUGUUUGCACUGGAAGAUCUCCUCGGCACAAAUUGUCUUACAACUCUCCAACACCUACAAGCUCCACUCCACACAGAGCGGCACAAAAACCUUUUGCACGUAGCAUGCAUGCAGGGUAGCUUUGGUUGUGACUCAAGCUAUGAUAAGGAGAACUAUCGCACAGGAGCAGCCAGCGUACGAGUUCGUGGACCAGUCAAAAUCAUAGAUGAACGUGGUACACCUAGAAGUAUAUACACAACUGCGCAAAGGCCCGCCCUGAAAGGAUUAUUCAGCCCGAGAGGCUCGCGACAACGGUAAUACCGCCAAAAAGCAAUGAUGGGAUGCUUUCGACUAUUUUCAUUUUGGAAGAAAGAAAAGAGUUUCAUAUGAGCAAUUCACUAUAUCCAACGGUUAAACUGCAAGUCGGAUAAAUUCCUGAAAGCGCUGCUAGACUAAAUUACUUUACCAUGAGAAGGCACAAUCAACAAAGGAUUCUUUGAUUGCCUACUUUGCUCACAAC